ACUCUCCAGCCGAACGACUUCAUUUUUCCUGCGAUGAGUGCAAAUGGUGUCGUGCAUCCUGGACAGCCAAUCUCUCACGAUACCGUACAAAAAUGGAUCAAUGAGUCAACCGCUGGCGCUGGCAUCCGUGGUAACUUCUCAACUCACUGCUUUCAUCGGGGAGGUGCGCAAUAUUGGUUCAUGUUUGCUCCAGUGGGCCAGCGGUGGACACUUGCUAAAGUUCGUUGGUGGGGUGGAUGGGCUGAUGGCGAGCAGCGUGAUACACUCGUUCGCUACCUCCUUGAUGAACUACAUGCAUAUGAGACUGACUACAGUGAUGCCCUUGCCCCCAUCUCCCACGGUGCUGAUGCCUCCCUUGCUGGCAAACAUGCUCUCACCAGACCAGCAUCGACAGAAGAGCUUCGCAUGGUGCACACAUCCGUUUCAGCAGAUGUCAACUCCCUUCGCAAUGACAUGCGCUCCCUAACGAGUGUUGUAGCACAGGCUGCCUGUGCCACAGUAAUCGCUCUCCAGUGUCUCGAUUCAGGCCCCCACUUCACCAACGUCUCUGAGUGUGCCUCCCACACACCAACUCCACCUGUCAGAGACAUAUGUGCGAGAGCCGAACAGCCAGUUUUACCCAGGCCCGUCGUCAGCCACACUCUCCCUACCACCGAGCCAUCCAUCCACACCUCGUCACAACAACUCUGCACCACGCUGCCCAUCAGCAUCACUCAGGCUUCAAGUACCCAGAAACUCCCAACACCUGGCCUUGUGAUCCCUCAGCACAACUCCUGGAAGGAGAUUGUCGAACACUGGCUUGUUGGCGAUCGAGACCAAGGACUGACAAUGCCACUGAAGGACUGGCCAAGGCACUGGUACCAAGGUGCAAAUAGACGGUUCGCAUCAAAGUACCACCAAUGUGCAACAAUCACGCUGGAGUUCAUUAAUCAGUAA